AAUAUGACCACGUUGGACCUCCCAGAUGGUCGCCACCCAUCAAUCGAUCUUGGUACAUACAGAAAAACUCGUCGAAAUUCCAUGAAUGAGAUGUACCAGCGCCUGGGUGGCAGUCAAACUAACCUACAACGUACCGUCUCCUCUAACAACAUUCGCCGCUCUAGCUCACGGAACAGUUUGGCACCGUCUGUGUUGGACUGGAAACAGGAAGGAAAUGAUUCUCUCAUUGCGUGCCUGAGUGCCUUGUAUGGUAAGCUGCUGGUGGUGAUGGGUAUGGCCUUUCCUAUAGCUGAGGUCAUCUCACAUGACAUUCCCAUUUCCUUCUAUAAUGGAUUCUACUUGUUCCUGUACAUCGGAUCAAUAAUAUUCUUAGUGUAUGCUUACAUCUUCCUCUUACGAUCACUAAAUCUACCCACCGAACACCUCAAGUCAAAGUUUCAAUCUUUACGGAGCUACAUGGCUAUGCCUGACUUAAAUAUGGUCUUCCCUCGCCGGAACACAGCGCAACAUGAGGGGACAGGACGUAUGUCAAGUCGAGAUUCCCGAUUGUCUGGUUGCUCAGAUGCAGAUAAUGAAUCAGAUCGUGCGUCUGUCAACACCUUGAGCUUCAAGGCUCCAAAAUUGGCCAUUACUGAAUCUACCAAUCAUGGCUCCAUGUACCUAAAAAUGGGUGCAGUAUUGUUUGGCAUUGGGAGUAUGAUCUACAGUGGGCUUGAAGUUGGGCAAUACUUUGAGCUAAAACCUGAUGAUGACUGUGCAAACAUACUUCUUGUUAUAUCUCCGGCGGCACGUAUGCUCUUCACAUUCAUCCAGAUGUAUUUCAUCUUCCUUAACUCAAGGGUUGCCAUUAGUCGUCACCGAAUUAUUGCAAGAUUUGGCUUGAUGCACAUGAUUGGAACUAAUCUCUGUAUAUGGCUGAAUGUCCUGGUUCAAGAAACUAAGCAUGAAAUCAUAAAUCUGACUCUUGGUCAUGGUCAUCAUGGAGGAGGGAAUCUAUGGGCACAGGUCCUAGCUGCAAGUCGGAGUAGCACACCUGCUCACCAUGGAGCAAGUGGUGCAGGUCAUCACAGUGAUGCAGGGGCUGUCUUGGGUCACCAUGCAGAUGAAACCGACGACUCCAUGGAGGAUCUCACUCUCCAUUCACCACUAAAUGAUUCCAAACAUGUCCCAGAAGUCCAUGAUUUGCAUGAUCUUCAUGAGGCAUCAAAUGAAAGUCAUAACAUAGUGCGAAGAGCAUCUAAAGAUCAGGCAUUUAGUAUCUAUGAAUGCCGUCGUUCUGAGCUCAUGGGCCAACUUGUGGAUAAUGCGUCUCCUUUCCUCUUCCCAUGUACUAUUGAGUACUCUCUACUCUGUGCUGGUGUCCUGUAUGUGGUGUGGAAGAACAUCAACAAGCCUGAAGUAACUUUUGAUGGGGAUUCAGAUAUUUCCACCUAUGUAGCCCGGAAGGCUCGUCAUCAUUAUUCUGUGGACUGUGCACAUGCUAAUCGUGGCCUGUUUAUGGGUAUCCUUGUCCUCGUUCUCACCAUCAUCUCCCUUAUUUUAUUUUUCGUCCUUAUAAACAAUGAAGAUUAUAAGGCUCUAGCAGUUUUAGAAGCUAACAUCAUCGAGCUUUCGGUAUAUGGUGUUGCUACUGUCACAGUGGUGAUAGGGAUGAUACAGAUGCGAGAACUGGAAUUUAUACCAGAAGGGGACAUUGAACUGGACAACAUUCUUCUCCUUAUUGCCCAAACUGGAGUAUACAUUUAUACUUCUUUCACUGUCAUUGGAGGACACUUUACUAUGAGAGACCACAUGGUUUUACCUCUGUUUUCUGCUAUCAUCACUCUCACCCAAACAACACUGCAGACCAUUUUCAUCUUGGAUGCAACUAGACGAUGUUGUUUCAGUCGUGAUCAACUUGAACGUAAACCUGGCAGAGAAAUGGUAACUUUCCUGCUAGUGUGUAAUUUGGCAAUGUGGGCCAUAAACACAUUUGAGACGUCGCGUGCCGACGCUCAUCCGACCCAGCUCAACUUUUAUGGCAUUUGGGCGUGGACCAUUAUCUCUCACGUGUCCAUGCCUCUUGCCAUAUUUUAUAGGUUCCACGUCACUGUUUGCCUGUGUGAGAUAUGGAAAAGGUCAUAUAAACUAAAGAAUGAAUUUUAAUAACUAUUUUGUUGUUGUAAAUAUUCAGUUACUUUUAUUGUUGAAUGACUACUGGAAAUAAUAAGAGUUUUGUAUAUACAGUACAGUACUGAAGACACAGUUAUGAGAAAAGAAUGAUUACUAGUUUUAUGAAGAAAGAAUAAUUACUAGAAAUGUGAUGCUGCUAAAUACUCAAUAAGAUAAAUCAAUGUUGGAAACAUAGAACUUUGGAUAUAUUUCCAAUCAAAUUUAUUAUUACUUGAGACAUAACUUUGUAUAUACUGUAUUCACAGUUGUUGUAGUAAACCGACUUAGAUUUUUUUACCUGUCUAUAGGAAAGGAUUGAAUCAGUUCAAGUCUGUCAUGUGAUAUUUUAAAUGUAAACAUUACAUAUUACUGAUGAACCCAAUAUGUUGUAAGUGUAGAUGUACUGUCAAAUGAUUAUAUUUUACUGCAAGUGAUGGCAUACUGAGAAAUAAUCUUGAAUUAUUUUAGAUUUCUUCAGGGAUUGUUUUUAACUUACCCUACUUACAUUCACAAAUUCCUAUUUACAGUAUGUACACAUUCACCUGACAAUCUAUUGGUUAAUUAUUUUCUACACUGUAAAUAUACACUACUGUAUUCACUAAAACCAGUAUAUAAUGUGUGAAGUAAUAUUUUAUUGAGUUUUAACCCAGAGUUCCUAAUUUUACAGUUGAAGUAACACUUAUUUAUAAUGUAACUUAUACUUGUAUUCUUCUUAUCCAAAGAAUCGAAAUUAUGAAGAAAAAAGAGUAUUGAUCGUGUAGACUAUACGUUGUAUUAAACUUUGAAUACAGUUAUUUCAAUGGCUUACAAGCACAGUAUCCGUUAUGAAGAAAUUUGUGUAUUGAUUAAACUAGAGGGAAGAUUUUUGUGCCAAAUGUUACUUGUACAGUACAGUGUUUUUGUUCUAUGCAAAUUAAAAAGUAUUCUUAAAUUCAGUAUAAUUAUGCUAAGGCAUUCAUUAUGAAGGACACAUUUCUUUUAACUCCAGACAUACAUACUGUACUGUACACACCUUUCUUAUUUCAUUCUCCAUAGGUGAUGCUUUGGUGUACAGUACUUAUAAAAAUAUUUACACAGUAAUUUAGAGUUCUUCAGUGAUUGCAUUAGCAUUACAUUAUAUUGUCAUUUAAGUGAUCAGAAAAGUGACCGUUUUGCUUCUUGAAAACUAGGAUCAGCCAUUUGCAGUUUGCUCUUGUUUAUCAAGACUGAAAUAACCAUCCUUGCAUUCACCGAAGGAAGAAAUAGGUGUACAGACCUGGGAAUUUGCUUGCAAACAGUAGAUCAAUGUAAAUAAAUGUGGGAUGAAUUAUAA